AUGCCCUCGGUCGCUAAUGCCCUCGCUGCCGAUGAGGCCAUCGAUUUCUCCGUAAUAAAGACGCUGGUGGACCUCUCGCCUGAGUACCUCAUCGGCGCCCCAGAUUCCGUGCGGGAGCGGGUGGCGCUCCGGGGCCUCGAGAAGCAUGGAACCUUCACCGACGCCGCCGAAGGUGCUGCUGCAGUGGCGCCACCUCCGUCGAAGAUUCUUAGGGUUGACGCCGUCUGCUCUUGCAAGGACUUGCUGGUUGAGCUCACCGAGCAGGUUGGAAGCUCUGGAAUUCGGGAUAUAAUUAUGCCUUUUAGACAAGAUAUUCAAAACUUUAUUUGUAUCAAGAAACCUACACUACCAGAGUCUUCUUUGGAAUUUCUUAGAGAAGUGGACCCAGAUAUCCAAUCUAUGGCUGCAUCAUCAUCAGUGGAGCAGAAUGGUAUCAAGAAACACGACAAUCAUCAGUCCUUAUGCAAUGUCCACCAUCUUAACUCCAAUAUUGAUACACCUAGGCCCACUAUUGCCAGUACUGAGCUUCAGCCUGGGAAUUUAACAAAUUUAGUCAACAACCUUGAAAAAGGUAAUUUCAAGCAGUGUCCAGUCGAAUCAACUGUUGAUCUUGAUAAGCCACUUGAAACAGACAGAAGGACCUGGUGAUCUGUCUGAAUGUGGGAUCGUCGCAAUCUUGGCUCGAAAGGACCUGGUGAAUUCACGAAUUUGAGGGCUAUAAAGCUGUUGUUAUUUGUGUCCAGGCAUGUCAAGAUAAUAUUUUUGCUAUUAUGUGCUCUUUAGGAGAAGACCGGAGCUUUUGCAUGCUCUCAUCAACGAAUAGGAAGCUAUCAGAUCUUCCAAAGUUAAAGUAUGUAGCUUAAAUUUCUCUCUCUAAUUGCAAGCAUGUGAACCCAACACAGUCAA